CCACAUGUGCAUGUGUGUACAUGGCUUUUAGGAGAUUUCUACCGAUUUUGUGUCUUUAAACCCGUACUGAUCGCUGAUCUUGAAGAGCUACAGUCGACGCAAGUUCCCAGGGCACUGUUUAAUCCGUUGGACGGCAGAUAACGAGGCGAAUAUGCCCGGAGCGAGCCAGAUAUUCGUGGGUUUCCGCGCGCUGGGUUACUACUCCAACCACGUCCCUCUACAGGUCCGAUAUCAUCAGAAACACCAGGAACACUACGUCAUCACGUGUGUGGGGAAGGCUUUCCACACCUAUAAUUGUUCUAAGCUGGGUAUAGUGAGUGUGAGUGACUCCCAUCCAGACAGUAUCAGCUGCCUGGCUGUGGACGCUUACCUGGUCUUCACAGGCUGCAGGAACGUCAUCAGGGCAUUCGAGAGGGGCAGACAGGUGAAACACACCUAUGAAGGUCAUCAGAAGGACGUUCACCUUCUGCUACCAUUCAGUAAUCACCUGAUCAGUGUGGAUGUGGACAGUGUAGUCAAGAUAUGGGACAUCCAGUCAGAAGAGUUAUAUCUGGAGAUGACAUUUGACAACAGGACAUUUGAGAUCUCUGCCCUGAUGCACCCCAGCACCUACCUCAAUAAGAUCCUCCUGGGGAGCAGACAGGGAAGCAUGCAGCUGUGGAACAUCAGGACCAAUAAAUUGCUGCACACCUUUGAUGGCUGGGGAUCCCCUAUCACUGUUAUAGAACAGGCCCCUGCUGUGGAUGUUGUUGCAGUGGGAACAGAGAGCGGGCAGAUCGUGGUCCACAACAUCAAGUUUGACGAGACGGUCAUGAAGCUGUAUCAGGACUGGGGACCAAUCACAGCCAUCGGAUUCAGAACUGAUGGUCCUCCAGUGAUGGCUACAGGAAGUACUGUUGGCCACAUUGCAUUGUGGGAUCUUGAGGAAAGGCGGCUGCUGGCGCAGAUGAGAGAGGCUCAUUGGACGGCUGUGACGGGGAUGGAGUUCCUGCCGUCAGAACCCAUGAUGAUCACAUCAGCUGCCGAUAACUCAAUCAAGGAGUGGGUUCUGGACCAGUCUGAUGGGAGCGGCAGGCUGCUGAGGAUGAGGUGUGGCCACCGGGCCCCGCCCAACAGGAUACGUUUCCAUGGAAACAAUGGGCAGAACAUCCUCAGUGCAGGCCAGGACAGCACCCUCCAGUCCUUCUCUACUGUACAUGACAGGCACAACAAGAACUUGGGACAAGCCUCCAUGAACAGACAGCAGGCUAAGAAGAAGGGUAUAAAGAACGAUGAACACAAACUCCCUCCAAUCACAGACUUUGCCUCAGAGACGACCAGACAGAGUGACUGGGACUCCAUCGUGUGCUGCCACCGGGGUCACAAGGUCGCCUCCACAUGGAACUACCAAAAGUGCACCAUGGGAAAACACAAGCUGGAGCACGACAGGUGGAAAACAGAGAGCAACAUGGGGGUGGAGGCUCAGGCAGUGACCAUCACAUCCUGCGGAAACUUCUGUGUGAUUGCACAGAGCUCAGGUCAUGUCGACGUCUACAACAUACAGUCUGGUAUCUACAGAGGGUCAUAUGGGGACCUGAGAGCACACAAUGCCUCAGUCAGGGGAGUUGCAGUAGAUGGACUGAACCAAGUGACCGUCACGGGGGCCGCAGACUGCUCCUUAAAAUUCUGGAAGUUCAAAUCUAAGCAACUCCUUCACACACUGGAACUGGACUCACCAGUGGCUCAGAUGGUACUGCAUAGGGAAAGCAACAUGCUUGCUGUGGCGUGUGACGACUUCUCUGUUGUUGUUGUGGACAUGGAGACCAGGAGGGUGGUGAGGAGGUUUUCAGGACACCGGAACAGGAUCACAGACAUGACCUUUAGCCCAGAUGCCAGAUGGUUGGUGACAUCAUCUAUGGACUGUACAGUCAGGACGUGGGACUUACCAACAGGAAGUCUACUGGACUGUUUCCUGUUGGAUGCAGCCUGCACCAGUCUGACCCUGUCUCCCACUGGUGACUUCCUGGCCACGGCACAUGUGGACGACGUCGGCAUCUACCUGUGGUCCAACACCACCCUAUACAGCCACGUGUCUCUCAGGCCACUUCCAUCUACGUACCAACCACUGACCAUUGUUAUGCCAGGCACACGUGCCCUGUCUGACGAUGAAGAAGAGGAGGAUAUUGCAGAACCGGAGUCAGCCAAUGAGAUCCCAGCCUUCAAGUCACCUGACCAGAUCUCAGCAGAACUGAUCACCCUGUCUCUGCUGCCAGACUCCAGGUGGAAAAGUCUGACCAACCUGGAGCUCAUCAAGAAGCGUAACAAACCCAAGGAGCCCCCAAAGGUGCCCAAGGCUGCUCCGUUCUUUCUACCCACAAUUCCAGGCCUGGAGAUCAAGUUUGCACCAGAGGAGCAGGCGCCAAAAGAAGAGCCAUCUUCUAAGAUCAUCAACCUGGGCAGUCUUCAGCCCCAGUCAGAGUUCCAGAGGCUGCUACAGGGGUGCAUGGAUAAACCUGACUAUGACACAGUCAGGUCCAGGCUGAGAGACCUCGGCCCGUCAGCUGUAGAUAUGGAGAUACGGUCCCUGGCUCCAGAGGGUGGGGGGAGCGUCGCCCUGAUGGAAGAGUUCCUCAAGUUCCUACAUCACGUCUUCACCACAAGGCAGGACUUUGAACUUGCACAGGCGUGGACAGGGCUGUUCCUCAAAGUGCACGGCAGUGUCAUAACCUCAGAAGCACAGCUACAGCAGCAGGCACAGCAGCUGUUAACCACCCAGGAGGCAAUAUGGCAGCACUUGCAGCAGAAAUUCAACCAAAGCAUUUGCCUCAUCAACUAUUUAAAGAGUGCUACUCUGUAGGAAUGUGCAGUUAAGUUGGAAAGGGUCUCUGCAUUCCAUGGACAUUUUAUUUGAAGUAAUGGUCUUUAUAAAGCAUCUUUGUGUAGCCUUAAUUUUUAUACCAAAAUAAACCAUGGAAUCCCUAAUAACUCACCAUCUGCA